CAGCGCUCCGGCUCAUUCAGAGAUUGUGGAAAAGAAACUGGAUACCGGUAACUCGAUAUCGCUACUCUUGAUCCCAGCGCUCCGGCUCGUGCCUCUGCGAGCCCGCAGCCUGCACAAGCCUGUGUUUUCAUACUCCACAACUGUUACCUGCUGGUGUUUGCAGACGAGAGCGGCACUCACUGAUUACUACCCAGAGUAGAGAGAGUUGUGUGACGAAGAGACAGACAAGCAGAAUACAGUUUGGCAAAGAACGAGGAAGGCUGAAAGCUGCUCAAUAUAAUUAUUAUGGCAUUGCUCCAUGUAGCGUAUACACGUGUGUGAUCGGGAGCAGAGAGAUUCAUUCUGGAGAACACAGGCUGAUAGAGGGCUAGGGCACACACGGGGCGAUUGUGGAGUGUGUCACGGUGCGCUACGUUGUGACAGAGACCAGGAGGGAGAGGACAGCUUAGCCAGCGGUCACUAUGUCACAUGGAACAUUCAACUCACAGUGGCAUGAGACAGCCUAUGGUCUGUUUGACUUGCUGGAGGUAGAACAGCCAACAGUGGAGCGCAAGCCACAGAAAAGCAAAGUGAAAGUAUCUCAGCUGCUAGGUCGGCUCUAUGUGAAGUACCUUCAGAACUUCCACAGCAUGGAGGAGUGCUAUGAUCAGAUUGUACAUCCACAAAAGCGACGUGUCAUUCGCCAUUGCCUGGACGGCAUAAUGGGAAGAAUUCUGGAGAUCAAGAAUGAACUGGUGAAUCUUGAAAUGUCUGAGUUCCAGUUCCUGGAUGACAUCAUCCUGGACAUGAAGCUGACACCGGACAAAAUGGAGAUGCCUAUACCGUACUACUUCAUGCACGGUGACUCGGCUGAGCCACUGAAGGACCGGGACAAGAGGCUGGCAGCCAUGCUGGCAAAGAUCGCCCCGGAGAAGCCAGCUUCAACAUCAGAGAAAGCAGAGCCACAGAUGUUGACAGAAGAGGCCAUUCGUAUACUUCAGAUCCAUGAGCGUGCACGACAAGGAAGAUUGCGAGCAAAGUUCAUGAAAGAAAUCAGGUCACAAGAGGAACGGGAGCGACUGCAGCAGAUGCGAGGAGCGCCUACGCUUGAUCCUGAUGUUGCUGCCACGAAAAUACAGAAGGUGUUUCGGGGAUUUGCACAGCGUAAGAAGACGUUGGUAAUGCGAGAAGAAGAACUGGCCUUUCUGGGAAUGGUUCGGAAGCCUGUCCCCGUUGACAAGAAAGAAGCAGUGGAGUACACAGCUAACACUAGGGUGAAACGUCGGUUGAUCCAGGAGCAAUUCGAGAGUGAAUUCCAAUCGGCGUUGGUGACGGUGAAAGACAAGCUGCGUGAUGUUGAAGGACCUGACAUGCGUGAGGGCAUGCAAGAUCAGAUCCGCCAGUGGUUCCUGGAAGUCAGAGACACAACAGGGAAAUUUCCUGAGUACCCAACUGAGGAGGAAGGCGGCUCAGCCAGUAUUUUCCAGAAGGUCACAGAGACUGGCGAGCCCAUUGCACCACCGGAUGAAGGCAAGAAGAAGGGCAAGAAAGGCAAGAAAGGCAAAAAGGGGAAGAAAGACAAGAAGGACAAGAAAGGAAAGGGCAAGGGAAAGGGAAAAGGCAAGAAAGGAAAAGGAGAGGAGGAGGAAGACCCCGGAUGGACUAUGCCACCAUCACUUUUCACAACAACUGUUGCCGAAGGUUGCCAUGACUACAGAAAUAUGUGGGAGAUGCGUGAAGAGAAGGACAACUUUCAGCAGAAGCAUGAUGUCGAAUUGAUCAAGGAAAAGAAACGCUCUGAACUGGAGACGGAGAUCCGACAGCAGGUUGACGAGGUCAUGCGCGAUGAGCUCGCAAAGCUGAAACUGGCGAUUGACAAGGAGAAAGCCAAAGCUGGAAAGAAGAAAGGCGGAAAGAAGAAGAAGAAGGCAAAGAAGGGCAAGAAGGGGAAGAAGGGAAAGAAGGAGAAGGAUCUAACUCCAGACAGGACAAUUGACUCGCUCUAUGAGCAGCUAGUGGGUGAUGGUGUUGUCGUCAGAGCUGCGAAAACACAAAUGACCGAAUAUCUUGGCGAGUACAGUUACCUAGGCUCAACUUUGCGAUCUGCAGGCAUAGAGCCAAUGCCAUCCUUGUCAGAGAUCAGACGUGUUGUCACCGAGUACUGCAUUCUACCAAUGGGUUCACAGGCCGUGCAUGAGAAAGCCCCCCACAUCAAGUCUGUAGCUUUGCUUGGCCCACACGGCACAGGCAAGCGUAUGCUGGUCAACAUUGCCUGCAGCGAGACCGGUGCCAACCUCUUUGACCUGUCACCAAUCAACGUAGCCGGCAAGUACUCUGACAAGAAGAACACGGCACUGCUAGUACACAUGGUGUUCAAGGUUGCCAGAGCCCUUCCUCCCAGUGUUGUGUACAUUGGAGACUGUGAGAAGUCGUUCAUGAAGAAGAUACCGAAGACAGACACAACAGAGUGCAAGCGCUUCAAGAAGGAGCUGCCGAAAGUGCUCAAGUUCUUGAAACCAGAAGAUCGUGUUCUGGUACUGGGCACGUCGUGUGUACCAUUCAAUGCCGAUACCAAGCCAUUCUGUGGCAUGUACCAACGGCUGAUUCUUAUCCCACGGCCGGACUAUGCCUCAAGAAGAGCAAUCUGGCAGAAGCUGAUUGAGAAGUAUGGCCGGCUGUCAGCCCAGCUUGACUUGAGCUGUCUGGCUAAGAUCACAGAUGGAUAUACACCAGGUCACAUGAUGACCGCUGUACAAGCAGUACUCAACGACAGGAGAAUCUCACAACUGCACAAGAAGCCCCUGGAAGCAUCAGAGUUCAUUCCAGCCUUAGCCAAGCUGGAGCCAGUGUACAAGGAAGAAGAGAUACAGUUCAAGACUUGGUUUGAAAAGACACCGCUUGGUAAGAAGAGACUGAAGGCGAUGAAGGGAGAUGGAGAUGACGGUGGUGCGGGUGGAAAGGGCAAGAAAGGCAAGAAGGGAAAGAAGGGAAAGAAGAAGAAAUAGAUGUCUGGUUGCAAGCUGCUGCUGCUGUCUGCUGCCUGAGUGGCACAAUUAUAAGAUUGGAUCUUGCCAGCAAGAAACUUCAUUAUUAUUACUAUCACCGCUGUUCUACAAGUAGCAUUGUUGAAGAUGUUAUUUUAGUUUUAUAUUAUCAAAUAUAAGAUUGUACUACAUGUAUGUUCAUACUGCUUGAUAUCAUACUGCUUGAUAUCAUACUGCUUGAUAUCAUACUGGUUGAUAUCAUACUGGUUGAUAUCAUACUGGUUGAUAUCAUACUAGUUGAUAUCAUACUGCUUGAUAUCAUACUGGUUGAUAUCAUACUGCUUGAUAUCAUACUGGUUGUUGAAUGUCAAUUUCAAAGGGCUCUCUUGUGCUCACCUUGAUAUCAGGGCGACACAUACCUGCAUUCCACACUUCACUGGUCACACAACAUGACUUUGAAGUUUGAACAUCAUUAUUACUAUGAUACUAGCAAUCAUCACCAA